AUGGCUACCGCGGCUACCGCGCAGCUCAACCCUGCCGUCGGUAAUGGAUACGACACGAACGGCACCAACGGCGUGAAUGGCACGCAUAAUACCAACGGCCACGAUCACGCUACAAAGCAACGAAACUACGGCGGGAACCCUCUCGCACACAUUGGCACCAACAACACGGAUAUGCUCCCUGCAUUCGGCGGUCAAUUCCAGCCUGGUCUAUACAAGCAAUCCAAGAGAGAAUUCGCCAACCCUGCGCCACUAGGUCUCUGCGCUUUCGCCCUGACGACCUUCGUCCUGUCUUGCAUCAACAUGGGCGCUCGGGACCUUACUCAACCGAACAUAGUGGUCGCUCUUGCCUACGGCUACGGUGGUCUGGUCCAGCUGCUAGCGGGCAUGUGGGAGAUGGCUGUCGGCAACACUUUCGGCGCUACAGCUCUAUCAUCCUACGGUGGCUUCUGGCUCUCGUUCGCGAUCAUCUUGACGCCAGGCUUCCAGAUCAGGGCAGCGCUUGAGGAAGUGUCACCAGCGCCGUUUUACGACUCGUUCGGCAUUUAUUUAAUGGGCUGGUUCAUCUUCACGACAGUGCUGCUGAUUUGCACACUCCGAUCGACCGUCGCCUUCUUCUUGCUGUUCUUCUUCCUCGACAUGGCGUUCCUUAUGCUUGGCUGUUCUUACCUGCAGAAUGGUGGCGGACCAGAGGCACAUUACAACGAGCCUCUCCAUAAGGCGGGCGGUGCCUUCGGCAUCUUGGCGGCUUUCAUGGCUUGGUACAAUGCCCUGGCUGGUAUUGCGGACUCGAGCAACAGCUUCUUCGUCAUCCCGGUCGCCCACUUCCCCUGGUCUGACAAGGGCCGCAAGGAACGUGGGAAACCCACUCUGGCCGAGGAAAGGGGUGAGAAGACCGAAUAA